CCAUCAUCCCAGUUUUGCUAAACAGCUUGAUAGCCGACCUUUACACUUACUUUUCCCCACCAAAGCUAUGGAGGUGACAAUGGACCCUUUGUUCCUGGCGUGGAGCUAUUUCAGGAGACGAAAGCUUCAACAAUGUUCAGAUAUUUGCACAAAAAUAUUACAGGACAACCCGUACGACCAGGCUGCAUGGAGCUUGAAAACCCGUGCUCUGACAGAGAUGGUAUACAUAGAUGAAGUUGAGGUUGACCAGGAGGGGAUUGCUGAGAUGAUGCUGGAUGAGAGCUCUAUUGCUCAAGUUGCGCGACCUGGAACAUCACUGAGACUCCCUGGAACAAGUCAGGGCGGAGGUCCCUCAGCGGCUGUCAGGCCUAUGACACAAUCAGGACGUCCUAUCACAGGAUUUGUGAGACCCAGCACACAGUCAGGGCGCCCUGGAACGAUGGAGCAGGCCAUAAAGACCCCACGCACUGCAAGCACUGCUCGUCCUGUAACUAGUGCUUCUGGCAGAUUUAUCCGUCUGGGAACAGCUUCAAUGUUAACCAAUCCAGAGGGACCAUUUAUAAACCUGUCGAGACUAAAUUUGGCCAAGUAUUCCCAAAAGCCUAAUUUAUCCAGGACACUGUUUGAGUACAUCUUCCAUCACGAAAAUGAUGUAAAAAAUGCUUUAGAUUUGGCUGCUCAAGCUACUGAACAUGCUCAGUUCAAAGACUGGUGGUGGAAAGUUCAGCUGGGGAAAUGUUACUACAGGCUUGGCUUAUAUCGAGAGGCAGAAAAACAGUUUAGAUCGGCUCUCAACCACCAAGAGGUGGUGGAUACAUAUCUCUACCUUGCAAAGGUGUAUCAGCGCCUUGAUCAACCAAUAACGGCACUCAACCUUUUCAAGCAAGGUCUGGACCACUUUCCUGGUGAGGUUACUCUUCUAACAGGAAUCGCUCGCAUACAUGAGGAGAUGAACAAUAUCUCAUCAGCCACAGAGUAUUACAAAGAUGUCCUGAAGCAGGACAACACUCAUGUGGAGGCUAUCGCCUGUAUAGGCAGCAAUCACUUCUACACUGAUCAACCGGAGAUCGCACUGCGCUUCUACAGACGGCUACUCCAGAUGGGAGUGUAUAACUGCCAGCUGUACAACAACCUGGGCUUGUGCUGCUUUUACGCUCAGCAAUACGACAUGACUCUGUCCUCAUUUGAGAGGGCUCUGGCCCUGGUGGCCAAUGAUGAAGAGCAGGCUGAUGUGUGGUACAACAUAGGACACGUGGCUGUGGGCAUUGGGGACUUGACGCUAGCCUACCAGUGUUUUAAACUGGCUUUGGCUUUUAAUAAUGACCAUGCUGAAGCCUACAACAACCUGGCUGUGCUGGAGCUGCGCAAAGGUCGUAUCGAACAGUCCAAAGCCUUCCUGCAGACUGCUGCAUCCCUGGCCCCUCACAUGUAUGAGCCACACUUCAAUUUCUCCAUUCUCUCUGAAAAGAUUGGAGAUCUUCAGAGCAGCUACACUGCUGCUCAAAAGUCUGAGGACUCCUUUCCAGAGCACGUUGACACUCAGCAGCUUCUUAAGCAACUUCGGCAGCACUUUGCAAUGCUGUGACCGUCUGGCCAGCAUGCUUAGGAAUCAAGGUGUGGUUUGAAUGAUAUAGGUGUCAAGGAUAAGAGUUAUUGUGCUGUAGUUGUUGGCAUCAGGCUUCAGAACAAAAAGUUACUACAAAUGACACAUUAGUCAGACUUGGAAAUUAACAAAUGGACAUUAAUUUUUGUUUUAUGUUUAUUUAUCAAAUGCUAUGUAGACACUAUAUUGCCAGUUUAUUAAGUACACCAGUGUUGUUGAAUCUUGUUGAAGAUAGGAUGCAUUUUCAUAUAAGAUUAUGCACACCAGCAUUGAAUGGAUAUGGAUGUGACUGGCCUCACUAUAGCAUGUCUGUUAAUUUGCACUUUUCUGGCCAUUCUCCUUUGAGCCCUCUGAUCCACAAGCUAUUUACUUACAGAGUCCCCAGUUACUUGUGCUUCUUUGCUUUUUAGACCAUUCCUAGUAAAUCAUUGCAAAAGCAGGAUGUGAAAAGGCAAACAUGACAGCUGUUUGGGACUUACCAGAACCAAAAUGCUUAUCUACAGUGAUAAGCACUUAAUGGUUUUUAUAGUCUUGUCUGUGUAAUUAGAAAUACAGUGUUGACAAAAGUCUAAGGCCACCAUAUUAUAUCAGUCUCCUCAUUUAUAAAGAUACAAACAAAGAAUACAGAAAAUGUGUACAGGACAAAAUGGCUUUGUCAGACUGAAGCCAAUAUUAAGUGUAAAUUAUGGAAUCGUUGGCUUCAACAACAGUAAAAGGUAGCUAAAACAAUCAGUACUGAGCUUUGGACAUGUCUUGAAUGCAACCAUAUGUAAAUACACCAGAAGACUAGUCUUAUAAUAUUCAUAUUGUCUGCCCAAGAUAGUCCCAUACAUGCUUAGAGGAAAGGGGGUCACACUUAAUACAGUACUUGCAACUUUAGCCUGUUGAAGUUGUUUAAUUCUGAAAUAUUUGCGUUUUUAUUACUGUAUACAUUUUUCCUGUAUUUUCUGGUUGUAUUUUAGUAGAGUGGCUACUGAGAAAUAAAUAAGCAUUAUCAUUAUAACAUUACUAAAGUAAGAAAGUUUAAUGUGGGCUAAGACUUUUGCACAGUACUGUAUUUGUUUCAUUUGCAAGAUUAACAACUGAGUGCUAACUAAUGCUCCAUAUACUACUUUGUCACACAACAUAUGACUUGUAGGAA